CAUCCACCUGCUUUCCCAACGCUCAUCCGGCCACCCCGGCCAUAUCCUAUCUCGAAACUACGACCGAAUAUCGAAUUUAUGACCAUGACCGAUAUGAGCAUUACCCCUUCGCCACAGCUUGACUCCCCUUCCGGCCUGCAGGAGGAAAACCUGAUACUCUUCAAGAGCGUCACGUCCGUGCAGGAGCGGGAAGAAAUGGCUUAUGCGCUUCUGGCUUCCCUGCCCAGAUCGAGCCUGGCGAGGGUACAAAGGAAGAUGAUUCCUCUGCUGCAGUUGGAUGUCGUCGGGCUACUCCCGACAGAGGUCGCCCUCCACAUUUUCUCCUUCCUGCCCUGGAAAAGUCUCCUCCAAUCCAGUCUCGUCAGUCGUCGAUGGCGCGCCCUCUCCGACGAUGCCUCUUUAUGGAAGCAACUUUGCGCCAGUCGAGGUUGGAGCUGGAAGGAGCCAUCGAAGCCGCCACUCCUCCAUCGCCACUCUAUGGAACCUCUGCAUGAAGACACAGACGAUGAGGGUAUGGGCGACGAGGAAGAGGAUCUAGUACCUGCUCUUGGUAAUCUCGGGAUGCACGACGAUUCAGGAAUCACCUCCGCGUACGAUACACCUUCUGACCUUUCAGAGAGCGAAGGCGAUUUCGGAGACGAUACGGACACGAUCAUGGAUUUCGCUAGCAGUGUCCAGUCAUCAUCUGCAUCCUCGUCAUCCUCACCAUCACAACCAGAAGCUGGUCCUUCCAAUCCAUCAGCACCCAUCGCACGACCUCGCCAUCGAUCCCGCCACUCCGCCCCCGCCAUCAUGUCCUCCUCCACUUCCUCCUCCCACUCCUCCAAACCGAACUACAAACUCCUACACCAGACCCACAUCCGGCUCUACCACCGCUUCCUCUCCGGCUCCUACCGCAUCUCAUCCCUCCAGACCCGCGGAACCCCCAACUCGCACACCAACACGAUCUACUGCCUCCAGCUGUAUACCUACCCCGACACGGGCACCCAGGUCCUCUUCACGGGCUCGAAGGACCGGACGGUGAAGGAGUGGGAUCUGAGCACGGGAGAGGUGAUAAGGACGAUCGAGGGCGUGCAUGAGGGGAGUAUCUUGAGUAUCUGUGUGUAUGGGGGGUAUUUGGCGAGUGCGGGGAGCGAUUGGAAGGUCGCGAUGUGGGAUCUGAGGGAGGAUAGGCUGGUUAAGGUUAUGAGGGAUCAUGAGGACAGCGUGCUUUGUGUGAGGUUUGAUGAGAAGAGGUUGGUUUCGUGUUCGAAAGAUCGGACUGUGCGGACGUAUUUGUUCCCUGACUUGAACCGUCGCCAUAUCCUCGGUGGUCAUCGCGCUGCCGUCAACGCCCUGUCCAUCUCCUCGCAGUAUAUCGUCUCAGCGUCUGGAGACCGCUCCAUGAGACUCUGGGACGCCGAAUCUGGCGCGCUCCUUCGCAGUUUCGAGAACCACCACAGCAGAGGAAUCGCCUCCAUCGACCUCGACUUCCCCUACGUCCUCUCCGGUUCCUCGGACAAACACAUCCGCCUGUACGACAUGCACACCUCCACAGGCUGGUCCACCUCCCCCGAAUUCGACACCCAAGCCUCCCUUCCCCUCCCUCCCAUCCACCUCUCCUCCCACUCCUCCCAUCCACACUCCCUCACAGCCACUUCGGAAUCCGAAUCUGCGCCACUCGCGGUAUGCGAGAAUUGCGGCGGCGCCGUCGCCGUCUCGUCCGACGCGCCACCUUCGCCCACGACGCCUCGUGCGUCCGAUAUUGGAGUUGGAGGGACGAUCGGUGGUGGCGGUGGUGUAGGAAGUGUGGCAACGGGAAGGACGAGGGCCCAGUGCGCACAUGGUGAUUUGGUGAGGAGUGUCGCUAUGGGCAGGGAGUUCGUCGUUACGGGGAGCUAUGAUCUCGGAGUCAAGGUCUGGGAGAGGAAAGGAGGCAGGUUGGUCGCGGAUUUGAAGGGGACGGUGCCGGUGGGUGGGGGGCCGCCGGGCGCGAGUAUACCGGGUGUGGGGGGACAUAGCGGGAGGAUAUUUUGUGUGGGGUUCGAUUGUAGGAAGGUCGUUAGUUGUGGGGAGGAUCAGAAGGUCUGUAUUUGGGACUUUGGAUAUGGGAUGGACACGUCUUUCAUCAAGCUAUAAUGCAUUCGGAUCGGAUUUCAUCUUCGCUCUCUCUCUCCCCUCCCCUCUCCUCGCCUCAGCAUCUCUGGUCUCUUGUCCCUCAACCUCGGCUUACCGGCUCUCAUCCUUGGAAUCAUCCCCAUCUUUUUUAUCUGGACAUUCGUCUGCUGCAUAUCGCAUUGCUUGCCCUCGUUCCACAAUCUGUCCUUUCUCACGUAAUUAUGUCGGAAAUGCAUGCAUACUUUACGCUCGGGAAGGAUCUCACAGCUCGCCAGCGACGUGCCUACGACUUCCUCUACUCCUCGUCCUCAUCCUCACGCACUCAAUCGUAAUCCCUCGCCAUCGCUCAAGUUCCCGUCCGUCAUGCACUCUCGAACCUUGAAUCGCGCGCCGUUCUUGAGACCGUCCCGUUACCUGGUCUCCUCUCCCUUCACCCUGCUCCUUACUCCACGGUACGUACUGUAUGUCUGUAUUCCCUUCCAUAGUGCCUGCGUCUGCGUCUGCUCUGCUUUCGAUAUUCGUCGGGC